AUGUCCGGUGUCAUCACCAUCAAUUUUAAGGUGAUGAAAAAUGGUAUAGCAGAUCUUGGUAUGAAAUCACCAAUCUACUUACCCGGCCCCGUCGAGCCCCAUUACGGACCAGGAAGAUACCUUACCUUUGAAGGAUUCAGUGUGGACCACCAUGGUAAACAGCACUACAUGGACGUCACUGUAGCCUACCGCGAGACUAUUUUGCGUUGCAUCGAGUACCUACGUCGAUUUGGGUACUCUGACUACCAGAUCUAUCUCUUGUUAUCCUGUGCACCAGUACAAGGUCACGUCGCUGGAAUCGUAGAUAUCCCAAACGCAUGUACGACUCUUGGUUUGCCCAUGGAUAUUUUUGAUUUCGAUAUUUCUCCUUCUGGUCCUGCAAAGAAGCUGGAUAUGGGUAGCUGUGCCUUUGAGACCGGUGUUACCGAGGGCAAAGUCACAAAGGGUGGUGAGAAUAGUGAGCACAGCUUCGGCGGUGGUUUGACAUUCAAGUAG